CAUCCUGGAAUAUCUGAUUGUAGGUGCCUCUCAAAAGUCCAAACCCUAAAUUCUGAAAUCAAUCCAGCCUCUUCUCUCCAAAAGUCCAAAGUUCGUUUUGACGAUUCAGCAAUUCAAAUUAGCUCUCAUCUUUGAUCUUCUUCCAGUCGAGCUGCGAUUUGUUCUGCGGGUUAAAAGUUCACCUAAGCUACUGUGAAAGAAUAACACACGAAAAACCUGCAGUUCAGGCAUUGACGCUGCUUAAUGGGUGUGAUAUGAGUGGAUGUACUAAUUAAGCAACAUCCCAUAUUCCCAUGAUUGCAGCAACCAAACGCAGCACAGCGCGGUAAAGUUAAACAAGGAUAAUAUGGUAGCUCCAUCAUCAGGGUCAAGCUCACUCAAGGAGUAUCUGAAAAGAUAUCAAAGCAAUGACGACGAGGAGCAAAAGAAGAAGAAGAAGAAGAAGAAGAGCAAAACCAAGCCUACUAUGAAUGGUCUUGUUGUCGUUGAUGAGGAUCCCGUUUGGCAAAAGCCAGUUCAGAUCGAAGAAGAAGAAGAUGACGAGUCACAAGAUGAGGAGAAGCCACAAGUUGAUGAAGAUAUUGAAGUCAAACGAAUGAAGAGAUUAGAACAAAUUAAAGCCCGACGCCCUUUUGGUUCCAUUUCCGAAGACGGAAGCGGUUGGGUUUCGGUCGCUAAAAAUUCGAAUGCAUAUGACUCAAAUCGUGAUAUCUCACCACCACGUAAACAUAAGGAGGCCCGCAGUGACAUCACUGACAUGUCAUCGCCUAGACAUGAACGCGAUCCUUCUACGUCUGUCGUAGAUUCCGACAUGUCGCCACCUCGUAAGCGUAGGGUUCGUUGCGAUACACCUUCCCCAGAACCGAAUGCUGAUGACAUGUCACCACCACCACGUCGCGAUGACACCGACAUUUCACCUCCUCGUAAGCAAAGGGCUCGUUUUGAUACACCGUCGCCUGAACGUAACUCAGAUCCCGACCUUUCACCUCCUCCUCGUCGGCGGAGUCAGCAUAGGGCGGGCCCACGUGCAUCUGCAGUCGAUCCAGAUCUUUCUCCACCAAGAAAAAGAAGAGAUGAUACUGAUAGACACCGACAAUCAGUUUCAGCUUCCGAUCUUUCUCCACCCAUGAAAGAAUCUGAUCGGCCUAAAACUGGAUUAGUUAGUGGUAAAGAUAUAAAAGAAGAAAUUACUAAAGCAAAGAAGGAAGACUGGUUGCGGUUUCAAAAGAUGGACCCGUCUAUAAGUGGCAGAAACGCUGAAGGCAUACGACGUGACAAGAAAACAGGGGCACGCUUGACAAAAGAGCAGAUUGAAGCACUUCAAAAGAAAGAUGAGAAGCCAAAGGAGAUAAAGCUGGAAUGGGGCAAAGGUCUGGCACAAAAGCGGGAAGCAGAGGCAAGACAAAAGGAAUUAGAACUUGAGAAGGCAAAACCGUUUGCAAGGACUAGAGAUGAUCAUGAUCUUAACGAUAUCCAGAAGAAUGCAAUCAGAUGGGGUGAUCCGAUGGCACAUCUAGUGAAGAAGAAGCAAUCUGAAGUAUUUCUUCCAGAUAUAGGAGAUAAUGAGAAGAUGAAAGAGUCUGGAUUUAUAGUUCCUCAACAAAUUCCUAACCACAGCUGGUUGAAAAGGGGGUUAGACGCUGCACCAAACCGCUAUGGUAUCAAACCAGGACGCCAUUGGGACGGUGUUGAUCGUAGUAAUGGAUUUGAGAAGCAGAUGUUCAAUAGACAAAAUGAGAAGCAAGCUAAAGAAAGAGAAGCAUACCUGUGGUCGGUAGCUGAUAUGUGAAAAGUCAAAUUUCCGAUGCUCAUGAGUUAUUGAUACUCGUCUUGUACCUGAGUUGCGGUUUUGUCACAACUCACAUCUUUGUCACCUUUACCAAACCUUUGGUUGCCCGGUCUGGACCUUUGAUCCUUGUUUUUGCUUGCUUUACACCGAGUGGGACUCCAAUGUUACCUUGUACCUAGUUUUUGGAAAGAAAUGUGUAAUUUGAUUGUAUGCAUUUUACUUUAAUACAUGAAUGUAGAAAUGUUUGAUCGA